AAGCUUACCCCUUAUAAUUCCCACUCAUUAUCUUUGUUGCUUCAAGUUUUCCUCUUCACAUCUCUCUCUCCCCAUUAACCCAAACAACACAUCACUGCCCAAGCAAUUCCCAAUCAAACACACAGACACACACACACACACACAAAGUUAGCAAAACAAAAAGAAAGACACUAUAGUUUGAUUCAUUCUAGCUAGAAAAAAAAAUUAGAAAUUUAGGUUAGUCAACUCAAUUUCUCAUAAAACAAAGUUCUUAUUUUUUUGAAUUUUUAGUUAUUAAGAGUGAUCAUGGAAGGAGGAGGAGGUGACGAUCAUCAUCACCAUCACAAUCACCAGCACCACCAACAUCACCAACAAUAUCGCCCUAACAACUUCCCUUUCCAAUUACUCGAAAAAAAAGAAGACGAACCUUGUUCAAGCUCUUCCGCAGCUAAUAAUAUUAAUUAUCCUUCGCUAGCCAUUUCCCCAUCCGAUACAAAUACGAAUAUAAACCCUAAUAGUAACGACCUUCAAAUUACAGUUGCCUCUACUGACACUGCAAAAAAGCCAGCUCCCAAGAGAACUUCAACUAAAGACCGCCACACUAAGGUCGAUGGCCGUGGCAGACGUAUACGUAUGCCAGCCCUUUGUGCUGCUAGGGUUUUCCAGCUCACUCGAGAACUCGGUCACAAAUCCGAUGGUGAAACCAUCGAAUGGCUUCUCCAACAAGCUGAACCUGCCGUUAUAGCUGCUACAGGAACAGGUACAAUUCCGGCGAAUUUCACGUCACUCAACAUUUCAUUACGUAGUUCAGGAUCCAGCAUGUCCGUACCAUCUCAACUUCGAUCUUCGUAUUUCAAUCCGAAUUUUUCACUCUCCCAAAGGCGCAGUUUGUUUCAGGGUAUCGGUUUAUCAUCAGACAGAUCUGCAACAACUUUGUUGAAUUUUCAGACCGGUAAUUCGAACCCUAGUAGUCUCCAUCAGUUCCAAGCUAAACAAGAAAUGCGUGACAAUUCAUUAGAUUUAUCGGAAACAAGUAUAGAAGAAAGCCUAUCGCGAAAAAGGCGACAUGACCUCGACCUACAACAACAAGAACAACAUCAGAACGAACAACAAAUGGGGAGUUAUUUGUUACAAUCAUCAAGUAGUGGGACUAUGCCAGCUACUCAUUCUUCAAUUCCAGCUAAUUUUUGGAUGUUGACGAAUAAUAACAAUACCCAAGUUUUGGGAGGCGAUCCAGUGUGGACGUUUCCAUCGGUUAAUAAUUCUGGUGCUGCUUUGUAUAGAAGUACAAUGUCAAGUGGAUUACAUUUUAUGAAUUUUCCUACUCCUGUAGCACUAUUGCCAACUCAGCAAUUUGGCGGCGGUGGUGGUAGUGGUAAUGGCAGUACACUAGCCGGAGAAGGCCAAUUAGGCAUGGUCACCGGACUAAAUCCAUAUAGACCAUGUUCCGGUGUAUCGGAAUCUCAGGCUAGUGGAUCACAUUCGCAUCACGGUGGUGAUGAUCGUCAUGAUUCAACAAGCCACCAUAAUUCCUAAAAAAAGUUGAGUGUUGUGUGAUUAAAAGGUUGGGAUGGUUAAUUAAACACACAAUACGUGAGGUUUGAUUAUAGGCUUGCUCUAUAAUUUUGAAUUUGCUUCUAUUAUUAUUAUUAUUAUUAUUUUCACCUCUUCUUUUUCGUGUGAUUACUAUUUGCCUGCCGGUUUUUUAGGGUUUGAAGAGGGAAAUAUUUUUAUUUUUUUUUAUUACAAAGGGAGUACUAUUAUAUUUGGUUGGUAACGGUAGACAUUGUUAUUGAUCAUCUUCAUUAUUGUUUUUACCCCUUUUAUUCAUUUUACCUAGAGCGAGGUACAUGUCAAAAAGUUACUAUAUAUGUAUUGGCUGUGCAUGGGUGUAUCCUAAAGAAUAAUUUUACUGACUUGCAAA